UGCCUUUUUUUUAUUUUUUAUUUUUUCACCCUUUCUUGAAGUCUGCUAAUGUUAAUGGAAAAGUCGGUUGAGUUUUAGGAUUUCCUUAUGGCAAAAGGCAUAUCCAUGCCCUCAACUUUACAUGUUCAACCAGUUGUGUUUCAACUUUACAUGUUUAACCAGUUGUGUUCCUAACUUAAACAAAGGAUCUAUUAGGUCCCUCGUCUUUUAAUUUAUGACCAAUUAGACACUUUAAAUUUUGUGUGACAUAUAUGCGCCACUUUUUCUCAAAAUUAAUAAAAUAUUAUCACAUAAGACGUUAAUUGUCUAAUGAAAAUUAAUAGGAUCUUGGCACAUGUUAGGGUCUCCAUAUCUUGGCACAUGUUAGGAUCUUGGAAAGAGUAUAUUAUUGAAGAUGUUGAAAAAAAAUUAAAUUGGACAUGUUGGAGGCCUAGCCAAGACAACAAUUGCCAAAGAAGCAUAUACUUAAAAUUUCAAAAUUAUUAUAAAUAAAUAAAAAAUUCAACAGAGAGAAAGUAAUGGUGUAUUGUAAGUAGAUAAGUUAAACAAUAACAUAUAUUAUAAUAUGUAAGUAAUUAAUUAAUUGAUGGUGCACUGUGAUUUUCAGAUAUUUAAAUUCAACACCAUGACAUGAUAUGAAAGGACAAGAAAGCUGGCCCCACCUCACAAUAAUUCAACACCGUGACGUGAUUUGAAAUUAAUUGGAAUUGGGAUUGGGAUUUCCCCUUCCAUUUAUCAUCUUCUUCACUCUUCACCACUUUGUGGCUAUCUUCAAAGAUUUAGCCACUCGAAUCAGAUCAAACUAUUGGAAGCAAGUUUUGCAAGUCUGUUUUAGUUUUAUUUAUUUUCUUAACUAUUGUGGAACAUAUGUUGAUUAUUAAAUUAUUAUGAUUGAUUGAUGAUGCAUUAAAAUAAUCCUUCCAAAUUAGAGUAUAACUAAUUAACAGUGUUUUAUUGUUGUUCUUCCUGCUGAAUUGUGUUUUCAACUUAUAUAUCUUUGGUUUUAUGUUCAUUGUCUUCAUUUUAGGCUUGUCCAUGGCUUUAUCGUCAUCUCCCAUCCCACUACCACAGCGGGAAUACGAUGUCUUCUUGAGUUUUAGCGGCCUUGAUAGUCGCAAGACCAUUAUUAGUCAUCUACGAGUUGCUUUGAAGCGAAAUGGUUUUCGCACAUUUAGAGACGACAAAAACUUGGAUAGAGGAAAGAGUAUUGCGCCAGGACUAUUGAAAGCAAUUGAGAAUUCAUCAAUGUCGCUUGUUGUGUUCUCAAAGAACUACUUUGCAUCGACAUGGUGUUUGGGCGAACUAGAGAAGAUUAUGGAGUGUAGUAAGAACUUACAGUAUAUUGUUUUGCCCAUCUUUUAUGAGAUAGAGCCAUCUGAUAUAAGAAAAUUAAAAGGGAAUAUUGCAGAAACCUUGGCCAAACACAAAGAAGAGGUUCCUAAGAUGGAGAAUUGGAGAGCAACUCUAACUGAAGUUGCCAGUUUGACUGGUUUCGUCUCUAAUAAUUAUAGGGAUGAAGCAAGCUUGGUUGAGGAUAUUGUUAAGGUGGUUCAAGGAAAAUUAAAUUCAAGCAUACAUUUAAAUGUUGCAACCCAUCCAGUUGGAAUAAUGCCUCGUUUACAAGAGUUACUCAAGUUGUUGUGCUUGGAGUCAUCUGAUGAUGUUCGCAUUAUUGCCAUAUGGGGAGUUGGUGGAGUAGGCAAGACAACAAUUGCCAAAGCUGCGUAUAAUUGCAUUCAUAGUAAGUUUGAAGGUUGUAGUUUUGUCGCCAAUGUUAGAGAAACAUGGGAGCAAUCAAAGGAGGAUUUGCUUGCUUUGCAAAAACAAAUUCUAGUUGAUAUCAUGGAGAAUGAAAAUUAUAACAUAGGAAACUCUCAUGUGGGGAUUGAAUUCAUAAAACGUAAAGCUUUCUAUGGAAGAAAAGUUCUCCUAGUUCUUGAUGAUGUAGAUCGUGUGGAACAGUUGAAUGCACUAGCAAUCAAUCCAAGGUUCUUCCAUCGUGGGAGUAGAAUUAUUGUAACAACUAGAAAUAUAUCUUCCUUGAACUCACUUGAAUCAGUGCUUAGCAUAUAUAAGCCUGAGCAGUUGAAUAAGGAUGAAUCUCUUCAACUCUUUAAUUUGAGCGCCUUCAACGAACAUAAUCCUCCAGAGGGUUUUAUGGAGCUUUCAAAUACUGUGGUGGAUUAUGCUGGGGGUAUUCCAUUAGUUCUUGAAGUUUUGGGUUCCUUUUUGAAUGGAAAAGACCAUCAAUCUGAAUGGAGAAGUGCAAUUAUAAAAUUGAAAAAGAUUCCUCAUAAUGACAUUCAAAGGAAACUAAGGAUAAGUUUUGAUUCACUAGAUACAGAAGAGAAAAAAUUGUUCCUAGAUAUAGCAUGCUUCUUUGCUGGCAAGAGUAAAAAUUUUACCAUUCAAGUAUUGCAAGAUUGUAAGAUUUUCCCAAAAAUUGGAUUUCGACGCCUAGAGGAACUAUGUCUCCUAAAAUAUCAUCGAAAAGAUGAGUGUAAUUAUUGUCCAAAAUACAAGGAUGUGAUUGUAAUGCAUGAUAUUCUCAAACAGAUGGGUAGAGAGAUUGUUCGACAAGAAAGUGUUGAUUAUCCAGAAAAACGUAGUAGAUUAUGGAAUUGCAAGGAUGCUCUUGAAGUGUUGAAAAAUUGCAAGGGAACUGAAGCAGUUGAGGGCCUUUUCUUGUUCUCACCCAAGAAAAAAGAUAUUCAAGUGAAUGCAAAAGCAUUUCAAAAGAUGAAAAGACUGAGGGUGCUUCAUCUCGAUCAUGUUCUACUUAGUGCUGGCUAUGAACAUUUGUCCAGAGAUUUAGUAUGGCUAUGUUGGCAUCACUUUAGUCUCAGUGUUUUGCCAUCACAAUUAUACCUAGAGAAUUUGGUUGCUCUUGACCUGAGUUACAGCAACAUAAAACAAGUUUGGAGGGUACCUAAGGUUUUAAGUAAACUAAAAUUCCUUGUCCUUAGUAAUUGCCAUAAUUUAAUCACAACUCCUAAUUUCUCUGGGCUCUCCAAUCUUGAGGUACUGCUUCUUAGCAAUUGCAUAAGAUUGCAAGAGGUGGAUAAGUCUAUUGGACAUCUUCAGAAAUUACUUGUUUUAGACCUCCGUAAUUGCGAGAGUCUUAGGAAGCUUCCAUCGGAGAUUGCCAACUUGAAAUCUCUUGAACAAUUAAUAAUCUCUCAGUACCAGGACCAAUAUCAGACAUUGACAAAAAAGAGUAUAGGUUCUCUUGGGUCGUCACUAAACUAUGUACAGGGCUUAAGGUGCUUAAAGAUACUGCACGUAGAAGACUGCUCUCUGAUUCAAUUACCCGAAGAAAUUGGGAAUAUGAUCUCAUUAACCCGUUUGAGUAUUUUCGGAUCUAAAUUUGGCUGCCUACCAAAGAGUAUAUGCAACCUUACAAAAUUGGAGAUUUUAAUGAUUGCAUCCCCUCGUCUGUCGAAUCUGCCAAGUGAAGUUGGGAGAUUGAACCAGUUGAAAACAUUGUAUAUUGGAGGAAAUAACUUUUCUAGCCUGCCAGAGAGUAUCGGUGACCUUACUCACUUACGGCAUUUCCAUUUAGCUCAUUGUGAAAGACUCCAAUCACUCCCGAAACUUUCAGGGAGUCGAAGUCCGAAGAGUGCCGUCAUAGUUUACAAUUGCCCAUCAUUAGAAAGCAUAUCACUGGAAUCAAUCAUGAACUACGAGUUGCUGUCUUGUUACCGUUGUCCUAAAUUAGUGGAGAAGUAUUCUACCCACAAAAUUGGAACAAGUUUUCUCAACUACAAGGGUGCAAUUUCAUUUAGAAUUUGUCAUUCAGGGGGCAUGUUUCCUUAUUGGUUGCAGUAUGAGACCACAAACUCAUAUUAUGCUCUCAAGGUGCCACCUCUUGGAGUCGGAAAUAAGCAUUUUAUUCGAUGGAUUUUUUAUGUUGUCCACACGAUUAAAGACUUGAACCAUCUUUCUUGGUACAUGGACUACAAAUUCCACAACAAAACCAAAGACGUUUAUAUUGAUUGCCGCUAUUUAGUUGCACGGGCUAAGAUUGGCAUAUUAGUUGGAGAUCAGACCAUUUUCGAUUAUUGUUCUUUUCAUGUGAAGGAGUUGGACUUGGAAGAAGGUGAUGAAAUAGAAAUUUCUUGGAAUUAUGGAAACGUGGUAUUGAAGAAAUGGGGAAUUCAUGUCAGUUAUUACACACUCGAUGAUUAUCAUUAAUAGUAAAUCCCUCUCUAACAUUGAAGAUUGAUUGAAUCAAAAAAUUGAUGGAAUCUAUUGUUUGUAGUAUAUAUAUAUAUAUAACCAUUUAGUCAUGUUUUUUAGAUUGUACU